GUACAUUUGUGGUUAAAAGGCGUGUCUACGGUCACUUUGUUUUGAAGAUGUCUGUGGUUAAAGGAGCUUUAAUAACGGCGUGCUGGUCCAAAAUAUUAAUUUCGAGGACAUGUGCUCAUUUGAAGAAGCACAAUGUGACUGAACAGUUCCACCGUCUUCCUCAAAACACCCAACCCCUUUACAUAGCGGGGCUUCGGGGAUUGAGCAGCGCCUCGGUCCAGGAGAAGACCGGGGGGUCGAGUCCAUCUGAGAAUAACAAAAUACACCUGACAGAGUCAUGUGUGAAGAGACUGUCAGAAAUCAUGGAGAAAGGCGAGUACCUGAGAAUACAGGUGGAGGGAGGAGGCUGCUCUGGGUUCCAGUACAAGUUUUCUGUCGACCGUAACAGAAAUGAGGACGACAGAGUGUUUGAGCAGGGAGGAGUGGGCGUUAUCGUGGACCAGGACAGCCUGGAGUUUGUGAAAGGAGCCACUGUGGACUUCAGUCAGGAGCUGAUCCGCUCCACCUUCCAGGUGCUGAAGAACCCUCAGGCUGAUCAUGGCUGCUCCUGUGGAAGCUCUUUUUCUGUGAAAUUAUGACCCAUACUUAGAUUCUUCAGUAUACGAGAUGCUUUAAUACAAAUAAUUAUCAUAUAUUCAGAAAGGCAAAUCUUUUUCAUCAACAAGAUACAAAAGAGUCUUUGCCAUGUUAAAGCAACGGCAUUAGGUCAUUCAGAUAUUUGUCUGUUUUUGAUUUAUAACUCACUGCUUCACUCAGACCUGCCAGUGAAAAUGAUUGAAAUUCAUAAAUGUAAGAUUUGCACUACAAAAAAUGAUUUCAUAAAAACAAAACACCAACAACACCAUGUUUUAGUUUGUUAAAUAAAAAGCUUCACUGCCACAGAACCCCUCCAGUUCCUCCACAGAUGUAGUUUUGUCAUGGCAGUAUGACAUUGUCAUGUUUUUCUUUAUGUAAAUAAAAAUUAAAAAUAUUUUAUUGUCACCAAAACCAAACCUUAAGCUGCAGCUCUGACACUGUUAAUCACACUUUAUUUGACUCAAAUAUUACUGCUGCUAAUGUUCUAUAAAUGGACAGAUUGCAUGUUUUUUGUUUAGAAUAAUGUGAUUUGUUGAAUUCUUGUGACACAUUAACAGAUGCCCAUCUGUUAAUGUGUCGUAUUUAAUGGUGUUUGUUCCUACAUCUAAUGUUCUAGAAAAGCACAGUGGAGGUUAUAUCCAGGAAGGUCUAUUUGCCACAGAAUUAUUAAAUUUACCCAACUGGUGACUCAAAUUGUUAAUUAUUUAGAAASAUCUUUUUUGUUUUUGUGAGUGAAAAUGGGUUGAAGUGAAUGAUCAACAAAUGUAUUGAAUUAUCUGAGGACUACCUUAUUGCAUGUACUAACGAGACAAUAAUCAGCUGAACUUUGAUUUGGUUCCAACUAAACAAAGACUCAGCUGAAGUGUCUGAGCACUCAGUGUUUUCUUUACAUGUAAAAUAUGUAUAUAUGCUAAAAUUGUAGCAUGGUUACAACUUUUUAAGUUAUAUUGCUUCAAAGAGAAAUAUAAAAGAUAAAUUAAGAUAA